AUGAACGACCUAAUGACGAAAUCGUUCAUGAGUUACGUCGACCUAAAAAAAGCAGCGAUGAAGGAUCUGGAAGCAGGACCGGACUCCGAUCUCGAGAUGGCUCACAAAACGGACGAGAAUCUCUCAUCUUUCCUAGAAGAAGCGGAGAAGGUGAAAGCGGAGAUGGCUCUGAUCGGCGAGACACUGACUCGGAUCGAGCAGUACAACGAAGAGAGCAAAGGCGUGCACAAGUCAGAGUCGGUGAAAUCUCUCCGCAACAAGAUCUCCAACGAGAUCGUCUCCGGUCUCAGGAAGGCCAAAUCGAUCAAAUCGAAGCUCGAAGAGAUGGACAAAGCCAACAGGGAGAUCAAACGGCUCUCUGGAACUUCCGUUUACCGGAGCAGAGUCGCUGUGACCAACGGGCUUAGGAAGAAGCUCAAGGCAGUGAUGAUGGAGUUUCAGGUUCUGAGACAGAAGAUGAUGAGUGAGUACAAGGAGACUGUCGAGAGAAGGUACUUCACCGUCACUGGAGAGCAUCCCGAUGAAGAGAUGAUUGAGAAGAUCAUCACUGAUAACGCCGGAGGCGAAGAGUUUCUCACUCGAGCGAUUCAGGAACAUGGAAGAGGCAAAGUCUUGGAAACUGUGGUUGAGAUUCAAGACAGGUAUGAUGCGGCAAAGGAGAUAGAGAAGAGUCUCUUGGAGCUUCACCAAGUGUUCCUCGACAUGGCGGUGAUGGUUGAGUCUCAAGGCGAGCAGAUGGAUGAGAUUGACCACAACGUCAUGAACGCAAGCCAUUACGUGAAAGAUGGGACCAACGAGCUCAACACAGCGAAGAAGCAUCAGAGAAGCAGCAGGAAAUGGAUGUGCAUUGGGAUAAUUAUCCUUCUCUUGAUCAUUCUCCUUGUUGUCAUCCCCAUCAUCACCAGCUUCACCUCUUCUUAG